UGGAAAUUAUGGUGCUUCUCAGGUGAAUUGCCCUCAUGGUGGGCAGGUUGCCUAUGGUGGUGGAUAUGCCAAUGCCCAGGCCCGAACCCAACAACAGUAAUCAUUUGGCUAGGGAUCCAACUGAAUCUUCAUCUUUGUUUCUUUACUAUGAGAGGGUCAGAAUUUUUUUCCGUGCAAAGCAGCAGAGGGAGCGGCGCAGUUGGAUGUCAACCCGCUUUGGGACUGGAGAGAUGCACGAGGUCAAAAGUGGAGUGAAGGGUCCACUCAUGGCUGAACACAAGCAUCGUUGUGGGUGCAGGGGGGGAGUGUUCAGCAUGGAUGGAAUUUCAGGGUUCAGUUUGAAAUUACAAAUUUACCUGGGACAGGUCAUUCUCCAGCCUGGCCAUGGCACUGUCAAGUUUUGCAGAUUCCAGGGAGUUCAAGUGUGAAAACUUCUCAUUACAUACGUGAACUAAAGUAAAUGUAUUCACCUCGGAAACCAUUAAUUUUAUUUAGUCUCGGUCGGGAUAAAAG